AUGUCGGCUGGCCUGGACGCGGGCACCGGUCCCUCGGAGACGGAGUACUCCUUCCUGACUCUCUUCGCCUCACCCGAACUUUUUGUGAGGACCACUGUCACCAAAUACCUUUGGGGAUACGUGGACGAAAUCCUGGACGCCUGUAGCAGUUUCACUCCUGACAAGUGUCCAACCAGCAAAGUUGGAAUCAUGUAUGGGGUAAGACAGCAUAACCGAUACUGGUCCUGUUUAAUUGAUCGAGAAUUUUAG